GGUCAGAAUUUUUCUCAAUAGAAAAGGUAGCAUAGUAUUACUGAACUUUCUCGAUCUUAUAUCUUGGGCAAUAAUCCUACGCCAUUUUUUCCUUAAAAUCCUGGCUCUAUAUAAAUCAAAUAACCAAAAAACUAUUGUUUAACCAAAUAAUUGAAUCACUAAGAUGGCAUCAAAUCAGGAAGAAGUGAAACUUUUUGGAAUGAGAGGAAGUCCAUUUGUAACGAGGGUAGAUAUAGCUCUAAAAUUAAAGGGAAUUGAAUACGAAUAUGUGGAAGAAAAAUUAGGAAACUUUAGUGAAACACUCAUCAAAUAUAAUCCCGUUUAUAAAAAAGUUCCUGUGUUAGUUCAUAAUGGAAAACCAAUCUCAGAAUCACUUGUGAUUCUUGAGUACAUCGAUGAGACAUGGAAGCAAAAUCCAAUCUUGCCUUCUGAUCCUUACAAAAGAGCCUUGGCUCGUUUCUGGUCAAAUUUCAUAGAUGAUAAGUAUUUGGGUGCUGUACGGAAAGCUAGUUCUUCUCUUGAUGAAAAGGAACGUGAGGAGAGUUUUAAGGAAAUAGAAGUGGCUUUUCAAUUUCUUGAGAAUGAACUCAAGGAGAAAUAUUUUGGUGGAGAAGAGAUUGGGAUUGUUGAUAUUACAGGUGUGUUUAUAGCUUUUUGGUUUCCUGUUAUACAAGAAGCUACAGGAUUGAAGUUGUUUACUAGUGACAAAUUUCCUAAGCUUUAUAAAUGGAGUGAAGACUUUAACAAUCACCCAAUUGUUAAGGAACAAUUGCCUCAGAGGGAAACACUUUUGGCUUUUUUUAAAGCUCGUUUUGAAAGUCUUGUUGCUUCAAAAUAGAUUAAGGGGAUUACAUAUUUGAGGAAUUUAAGGAAAACUUAUAUAGUAUGAAUUAUGGUUAAAUAAAUUACUUAGAUGCUAAAUUAGUAGUAGAAUUUAUGUUAGUUCUUAUUUUAUUUUGGAUGUUGUUGAAUUAAAUUUUUAAUAGUUUUGGGGUCUUGUAUUUAAUUAUCUAUUAAUAUUAUUAUAUAUGUAGUUUUGGGGUCUUGAA